AUGACUGAUGCAAACCCAAAUACGAAGGAACCGGAGGAGCCGCCGUGCGCUAAAGUCGCGGACGUCAUCCUGAACCCGAGCGGUCUGGACAAACGUCGCGACACGUUCCAGAGGAAGCAGGACUUGCGGAAGGUCAGCUCGACGCCGAAUCUGGGAAGGCGAUUGACCAGUCGCAGGAUCAGCGGGAAAAUCCCUUUACCAAACAUCGAAAAGAAAAUCAACAACAGCGAGAGGAGGACGAGCGGGCAAAAUUAUAGGGAAUCGUUGAUAAGCGGUCGAAUGUCGGACAGGAGGACCGCUUUCAUGGACAACAACAUCAACAGAUAUCAGGAGAUGUUGCAAUUCACCGACGACAAACUGUCCGAGGCCAUCCAUUCAAUGCCCUUCGCCAAAUACGACCAGUGGAUCAAGAAGUCCGAUAUUAAUCCGCUUUUGCUGGUCUUCAAAGACUUAUAA